GCGGGGGCUGACGGGAGCCAACUUCCUGAACUUGUCCCUGUUUAUGCCAAGUUAGCAAAGUUCUGCACAAGUGUGUGUGCCCCCAGCCGGGCUAUGUGCUGCCAGCUGCCUGCCACUCUAGGCUCCCCAUAGCAGGUCGGCACCAUGAUGAAGAAGCCAGACCUGAAGGUGGUGCUUCUGGGAGACAUGAACGUGGGCAAGACGUCUCUGCUGCACAGGUACAUGGAGCGGAGGUUCCAGGACACGGUCAGCACGGUCGGGGGAGCCUUUUACCUCAAGCAGUGGGGUCCCUACAACAUCUCCAUCUGGGACACUGCAGGGAGGGAACAGUUCCACGGCUUGGGCUCUAUGUACUGCCGGUCUGCUUCUGCUAUCAUCUUGACCUAUGAUGUCUGUAACAAUCAGAGUCUCGUGGAGCUUGAGGACAGAUUCUUGGGCCUGACUGACACCGCCAGUGACGACUGCAUCUUUGCCUUGGUGGGCAACAAAAUCGACCUCACCGAUGACUAUGAAGCCGAGGGAGAGUCUGAAGGAGAAAAGCCUCGUAGAGGUAGUGCUUCCAAACUUCGCAAACAGGUUCAUAAUGAAGAUGCUAUUGCACUGUACAAACGGAUCAUGAAGUAUAGAAUGGUGGAUGAAACCCAUGCCCCAGCCGCAGACAAAAUGUGCUUUGAAACCAGUGCAAAAACGGGAUACAAUGUCGAUUUCCUGUUUGAAAGUGUCUUUAAUAUGGUUAUCCCAUUAAUUGUGAAGAAGAAAGCAAAUGGACCAGACGAUACAGUCAUACUGGCACAGAACCAUCACGAGAAAAAGACUAAAAGCGGCUGCUGUUAACAGUUGGGUUUCUUGAUGGUCCUCCCAACUGCUUGGCAUUUGCAGUUAAUUUGACUAAAUAUACCAGCGGUUCUGUACAGUCAAAUGUAAGAAGCUUUAUUAAGACGAGCAGGAUUUUGCACAAAAACACCAAAUUGUAGUA